UGGGCGGCAUGGGGAGUACGAGGGGCCGGCCAUGAGUGGGACUUGAGGAGCGUCGGAGGAAGGAAGAGGAGGAAGAGGAGGACCUGGAGGAGAGAGGGAUCGCGGGGAGGCAGUCAACUUUGACGAGAACAACCGAGCGGGCGGGCGAGCGAGCAAAGCGCGUGCAGGGGAGGGAUACCGAAUAAGAGUUCAUAAGAGGAGGUGAACGAUGGCGAAGGGUUCUUCACAGAGUCAGGCAUCUUCGGUGGUGUCCAGGGGUGCCGGAGGCCCCGCUGCCGGAGCUCCGCCGAGAGGGAGCGCUGCUGCUUCAAGUUUGAGGAGACGAAGGACCACGAGCUCCAGUGGAGGUGCCAGUGGUGGUGGCGGUGGUGGUGGUGGAUAUGGCGGAAACUCGAACAUGUUGCGGUUCUACACCGAUGAUGCCCCAGGACUCAAAAUCUCUCCCACAGUCGUGCUCAUCAUGAGCCUGUGUUUUAUCGGAUUCGUCACCGCCUUGCACGUGAUCGGAAAGCUCUACCACUUGAAAACUGCCGGCGCUUAAGGAAAUACGGACUGAUGCUUCUUGUAAUUAGCUACGAAGAGGGUCAACGGGCUUUAUGCCUGUGCAGCCCAUAACAGGUUUCUCACUGUGUGGGGAGAUUUUGCAAGGUAGAUCUGAUAGCGAUGACCUAAAGUCAGGUCUUUCGUUUUCUGAAAAGAUCGGUGGAGCUAUCGAAGCUCUGCCGCCAGGCUCACCCUUGACAUUGGGGCCAGUGACACAACUUUAGGUAACAUUAGGGUAUUCUUUCAUAUGAUGUUCAAUGACAAGUUAAGUUUGAGAGUAAGCUUCGCGAAGGCCUCGCACGUGAUUUUUUCCUUAAACGCCUCGUUUUAUGGAUUUGGG